AUGUGCCUGUUUAAGAGGGAUAAUUUUGAUUCAAUCUUAAAAGUGUACAUUGUAGACAGCGAGGGCACGGCUAUCUGCACGGAGGAAAAGACAGUCAUCACCCUGGAAGAAGGGAUCCGUACUGAAGACUUUAGCAGCCUUCUGAAGAUGCUGAAGACGGGACGCGUGUCCUCAGAUAUGUCUAAGGUGUUCCGCGUGGCAGGCGUUGCUAAGAAGCUCCGUUUCCCGUCCGCCCUGUCCCUGUGUCGGGAGCGUGUCCUGUGCGAGCUCGGGGAGUCCAGCUGUGCCAGUAUCGCACGGACGGCUCGCCUGCUCAACCUGCCGGACUUAGAAACCGCAGCAUUGGAGUUCACUCAGACCGACGUAGGUUGGAAAUGAAACUUUAUUAAAAAACGAACAGUCUUUUGUACCCGUCUAAGACCUGAUCGUUGUAUAUAGCGGUUUUAUGAUGUUGUAUUCUUGAUGUGAUAAGUUUUUAUGCUGUAUUUUAUCGCUAAU